AUGGCAAGCUGCAUUUGGAUUGAGAAACAGAGCUUCGGUUGGAGGUCAUUGAUGUGCCGACUGAUCCUUCUGACGAUCUUAUCUGCGCUUCCGCUGAGCGUUCUUUCGCAGGAGGUGGCCCCGGCCAAUAGCACAACAUCGAGCACAGAUCCUUCCAUCACUUCGCUUUCUGUAUUUGAAUCAUCCACGUCUACUGAGGAUACAGCGAGCAGCAUAAGCUUGUCAACAACCAGUAUAGCCUCUGUCUCUUUUACUUCAUUCCCACAAUCCUCUUUAUCCCUUAGCGUCUCAUCUACAUUUUCAUCAGCGUUUUCCUCCUCGUCCGUGCAAGCUCCAUCAUCCAUCUUACCAUCCUCUCUUCCAUUCAGCUCUUCCUCCCUGGACGUUGCAUCAUCAUCAUCAUCGUCGUUGUCGUCGUCGUCGUUCCCGCCGUCAUCAUCGUCAGCCACUACGACAUCUACAUCUUCAACAACUGCCUUCUCCACACUUUCAACAAGCUCAUCAUCAACUUCAUCCUCGUCUUCUUCGUCAAUAUCUUCGUAUGACUUAGAGAGUUCAAGCUUUUUGUUUUCUUCUUCUACUUCAAUUUCCUCCGCUUCACCACCUUCAACCUCUUCCUUGUCCGAUCUCUCAACGUCGACCUCCUCUCAAUCAUCAUCUUUGUUGCAAUCGUCAACCUCUUACUCACCAACAUCAUCACAGUCAUCAUACUCAUCAUCAUACUCGUCGUCUUCCUCAACGUCUUCAACAUCUACGACUUCUACAACAUCCUCGACAUCCUCGACAUCCUCGACAUCUUCAACAUCUUCAACAUCUUCAACAUCUUCAACAUCUUCAACAUCUUCAACAUCUUCCUCAACAUCAACAUCAACAUCACCAUCAUCGUCAUCAUCGUCAUCAUCAUCAUCAUCCACCUACUCCUCGUCUUCAUAUGCCUCAUUAUCUUCGGAUCCUACCUCGUCAAUCACUUCUACAUCCACUUCAUCCUUCACCACUCCUGCUUCUCAGUACUCUGAUCUGAAAAGAACUAUAACUAGCAUUAUAGAGGGCAAAACUAUCCUUUCUAAUUACUAUACCACUAUAACAUAUUCACCAACAGCUUCAGCAUCCUCAAAUAAAAGUCCACAUCACUCAGGCUUAUCAAAAAAAAAUCGUAAUAUUAUCAUUGGUUGCGUCGUUGGUAUUGGUGCUCCCGUCAUAGCGAUUCUACUAAUCUUAAUUUACAUGUUUUGUGUUCAGCCCAAGAAGACAGAUUUCAUUGAUUCUGAUGGCAAAAUUGUUACCGCCUAUCGCAGUAACAUUUUCACCAAAAUUUGGUACUUUUUAUUGGGUAAAAAAAUCGACGGAACAGAAAAAUUCAGCUCAGAUUCUCCUAUAGGCAAUAGCAACAUCCAAACUUUUGAAGAUAUCAAUCCUGAGGAUAUUAUGCUUAACAAUGACAACCCUUACACCCCUAAGCACAGCAAUAUCGAAGGCUACGAAGGCGACGGCAGCGACGACGAAAACCUACCAUCAAACUUACAUGACAGAGGCAUCAAUGGACAAUACUCGCCCACUAAGUCUACGUCAUAUUCGAUGUCAAAUAGCAACAGCCAAGAUUACGCAGACCACGUUGAGGUUAAUGGAAUAAUGCCCGAUGAAGGGAUCCAUCGCGUUUAUGAUGACAGUGAAAGUAGCAUUGACGAGAAUUACUAUGCCCGACCAAACGGAUUAAGCGUUACAAACUAUUAA